CGGCGGCGCGCACCACAGACACACACAGACACACACAACAACAAGCAACGGUGAAAAUGUUUUAAAAAAAGAACCCAACCUUCUUCUUCUCUCCCUCCCAUCAGCCAGCCCCAAAAAGUGGAGGUGGGGUAGGAGGAAGGACACGACGAAAAAAGGGCUUCUCUGUCGGCCAGCUCAGUCGGUACCAAUCCGUGCCAGCCAACACAACACAUACACCUGAGCUAUUUUCGUGUGUGUGUUGUUAGUGCAGGAAAUACGAAGAAGAAGAAAUCCAACUUCCACCCCAACAAUUUUGACUCGCCACAAUUUCAAUUGAAAUUUAAGAAUUUUUUUAUUUCGUUUGAAAUUUGAAUCAAAUCGAUCGACAACUUUCGGGUGGGGUGUCGUGUGUCGUCCAUUUUCAAUUUUUUUUUUUCAAGUUUGGUCAGGUGUGUGUGUGUGUGAAUUAUAUAACAAGUGUUUUUUUGGUUGUGUGUGUUUUCUUGGGUGUGAAUUUUUUGGUGGUUUUGUUGAGCUGCUUAGUUGUUGGCAACUUGCAAGUUGAAAAAGUGUGCGGAUGCGCGGAGGAGUCGGACCAGCAGCAGCCCGACCGAUGCUGCAGCCCGAGCCCAGACGGACUGCGAAUCAUGUGGACCAGUGCGACCGGGUGGACCGUCACGAAAUGUCGUCCAAAUCUUCUUCUAAUUCUACUUCUACUUUUCGCUGUUUGUUCUCCUCCAUGUUUGUGAUAUACGGAAUAUGUGCCGGCUUGUUGCUACUCUCACCCGUCACCUCGGCCACCACCACUGCAGAAGAGGAAGGCGAUCGACUAGAUCCAACCACCAUUCGAUCCCGACCGGUAACUUUGCGAUUGCCCAGCACGUUCAGUUCGUUUGCCAGGCGUCCGGCCGUAACGAAUUCGUCAAUUGCUGGUCCUCCAGCGUGCCGUCCGGGUCAGUUUCGCUGUCGUAACGGCCGCUGCAUCCCGGAUCGUUGGGUCUGCAACCACCAGCAAGAUUGCCCAGAUGCCGAGGACGAACCACUACGCUGUCCUCCACCAGAUUGCCCGACCGGGUCCUUCACGUGCGGCCGCUACGUCUUCAACCAGACCUACUGUCUACCGUCGUACCAACGGUGCGAUAAGGUGGUGGACUGCAUCGACGGCACCGACGAAGCGGAUUGCGGCUACCGGAGCUGUCAGAGCAAAGAUUUCAAAUGCUCGAGCGGAAUUUGCCUGCCGCCGGAGAAGAAGUGCGACGGAUUUCUCGACUGCCGAGAUGGCGCUGACGAGGCUGGAUGCACUUUCGCCGCCAACGUGACGUCCUGUCACCUGGACAAGUUCCGCUGCGCCAACGGCUGGGCGUGUUUGGAAACGAGCCGCAAGUGUGACCAUCGCUCCGACUGCGCCGACGGCUCCGAUGAAGUUGAUUGCAAUUUCCCGGCGUGUCACAGCGGUCAGUUCCGGUGCGACAAUGGACUUUGCUUCCCCAACCGGUGGCGAUGCGACGGUUUCGCCGACUGUGGCGACAAUUCCGACGAGGCCAACUGCACGUUGAUCGGAUGCCCCGACAACAAGUUCCUCUGCCCCCAAGGAUCGCCCACUGGCGGACCCAAGUGCGUCGAGCGGACCAAACUCUGCGACGGACACGGCGAUUGCUCCGACUUGGCCGACGAAAAAGUUGAAUGCUCCAACCAUCUUUGUACCAGCAUCGGUUGUGCCCAUCAAUGCCGGCCAUCGCCCGAAGGCGGCAUCUGCAUCUGCGCCGAAGGCCAGGUCCUUUCCACAACGGAUAAUCGGACAUGUUCUGAUCGGGACGAGUGCAAGGAGUGGGGAUUUUGCGAUCAAACGUGCACCAACGUGGAGCGCAGUUUCGAAUGCUCCUGCCAGGAUGGCUACGAGCUGAUUGACGGCAAUCAGUGCGCCGCAUCCAACGCCAGCCAAUUCCGUCUCUACUUUGCUCACCAUCAGCGGGUCGUCAAGAUCGACGCCACCGGCCAGUCGAUUGAGACGGUGUCCAAUUCGACCAGCGCCGGAGGACUGGAUUAUCAUUUCAGACGGGGAAUGAUCUUAUGGUCGGAUCUGGAGACUCGGAAGAUUUAUUCGGCCCCGCUGGACAGCUCUCUGGGCCAGGACAAACCGCCCACGACGACAGGUGGUAGCGGCGCCAGCAGCCGUGAAAGUCGAUCCAGUUCCAGUUCGGAUAUUUCGGUGCCAACAGCUUGGCUUCCGGUGGCCAUUGCGGUCGAUUGGAUUGGCGACAAACUCUUUGUAGCCGACGCUCUAGGUCAAAAGAUUGAUGUCUUCGAGCUGGAUGGCCGCUGGCACGCCAUCGUCAUCAGCAACAACAUGUCGGAGCCGACGGAUUUGGCGCUGGACCCCACCCAGGGCGUCAUGUUCGUCUCGGAGAACAGCCGAAUCUUCCGGGCCAACAUGGACGGAUCGAAAAUGAAGGACUUGGUGACGGAUGCCAUUUACAAAGCUUCCGGAUUGGCCGUCGAUUUGCCCACCAAGCGCAUCUUCUGGUGCGAUUCCCUGCUGGACUACAUCGAGACGGUCGACUACGACGGGAAAAAUCGAUUCCUGGUCGUCCGGGGAGCCGCCAACGUUCCGGCAGCUUCGCGUUUGGCCGUUUUUGAACGCUCCGUCUUCUGGACGGACGGCACCAAGCAAGGCGUCUUGUCCGUCAGCAAAUUCAAGGGAGAAUCGACGAUCCAAACAAUCUACCGGAUGAGAAACGUGACUAGGGAACCGAAAGCCAUCCGCGCUGUCCACCGGUUACUGCAGCCGCAGCUGGCCAAUCCCUGCGGAACGAAUAACGGAGGUUGCCAGCACAUGUGCAUCGUUUCGCAGCGGGCCGACGGCCAGGGUCUUGGAUUCCGCUGUGCCUGCAACAUUGGUUAUCGGCUGGCCGAUGACCGGAUGUGGUGCUCGCCCGUCGAAGACUUUCUGAUGUACUCGCAGCAGAAAUUCAUCAAGGGCCGAGUCAUCCUGCCCGUCUCUGAAGGAUUUGACGACGCCAUUUCUCCCAUCGUUUCCAGGACGGCCCGUUUUGUCGGCCUGGAUUUCGACUCGUACGACGACCACAUCUACUACUCUGACGUCAUUCUGGACGUCAUUUACCGCAUCCGGCGCAACGGAACCGGCCGUGAAAACGUCCUGGCCUCGCAGAAUGAAGGCGUCGAAGGUUUGGCUCUUGACUGGGCCUCCAAGAAUCUCUACUACAUCGACAGCCGCAAAGGGACGUUGAACGUCCUCAACACCCGCAACUCGACCUACCGGCGGACUUUACUCCGCGACCUGAAGCGCCCCAGAGCCAUUGUCGUCCAUCCCAACAAGGGUUUCAUCUUCUACUCCGAGUGGGACAGGCCGGCCAACAUCAGCCGGGCUUACCUCGAUGGCACUCACUUGAUGGUCUUCAAGAACAUUCUCCUCGGCUGGCCCAACGGUCUGGCCAUCGAUUUCGAGACGGACAGGCUCUACUGGUGCGACGCUCUGCUGGAUCACAUCCAGCAUUCCAAACUGGACGGAACGGACGUCAGAACCAUCAGCUCCCGACUUGUCCGUCACCCGUUUUCGUUGGUCGUCUUUAAAGACAUUAUCUACAUCACCGAUUGGCGUCUGGACGGAAUCGUGCGGAUGAAUAAAACCACCGGAGAGAGCGAGAAGGUCAUCAUUCAAGUCCAGGAGAACAAUCGUCUUUAUGGCAUCAAAGUCUAUUCCAAACAAACUCAGAACAUCAUUGCCGGCCAUCCCUGCGCCACGAACAAUGGAGGAUGCGAGAAACUUUGUUUCCCCAUCCCGUCGAAUUUGACGACUUCCGGAUUGACGCCGGAAUGCGGAUGCCCUUACGGCGAGAAACUCUCGCCGGACCGGAAGACUUGCAUUCUCGAUCCGGGAUCGGAGCCACCCGUCCAGGCCUGCCCCAACAUCUGGGAUUUCACCUGCGACAACCAGCGCUGCAUCCCCAAGACGUGGGUCUGCGACGGCGACGACGAUUGCCUGGACAAUUCGGACGAGAAUCAAAACUGCACCAAGCCGACGUGCUCGACGGACGAGUUCCAGUGCACAUCGGGCCGCUGCAUCCCCAACUCGUUCCGCUGCGACUCGGAUAACGACUGCGGCGACUCGUCGGACGAGACGGGCUGCGUCAACGUCACGUGCGACGCUUCCCAGUUCACUUGCGACAACGGCCGCUGCAUCCCGCCCACCUGGAAAUGCGAUUCCGAAAACGAUUGCGGCGACGGAAGCGACGAAGGAGAUUUCUGCGCCGAACGGACUUGCGCCUAUUUCCAGUUCACUUGCCCGCGUUCCGGCCACUGCAUCCCGCAGUCGUGGGUCUGCGACGGCGACAACGAUUGCUUCGACAACAAGGACGAGGAAGGAUGCCCGCCCAUCACGUGCUCUGCCCAGCAGCUGAAAUGCGGCAACGGCAAGCAGUGCGUCCACGAGUCGUACAAGUGCGACGGCAUUCCUGACUGCGACGACGGCAGCGACGAGGUUGGCUGCCCGUCACUGGCCCCCGACCAGUGCAACGAGGAGAAGCAGUUCAACUGCGCCCGCUCUGGCGUCUGCAUCCCGCGGGCCUGGCACUGCGACGGCACCAAAGACUGCGAAGACGGAUCGGACGAGCCGGACACGUGCGGCGAGGUCAAUUGCGGCAAGGAUUACUUCAAGUGCAACAAUUCGCGCUGCGUCAUCAACACGAUGGUCUGCAACGGCCAAGACGAUUGCGGCGACGGAUCGGACGAGGAUGAUCGACACGCUUGCUCUCGCCCGCCUUUCCAAUGCCCGGCUGGCCAGUGGCAAUGCCCCAGAGUCACGGAUCGCUGCAUUAACGUGACCCAGGUUUGUGAUGGGAAACGGGACUGUCCCAGCGGAUCAGAUGAAGGACCCGGAUGUGACACCAAAGAUUGCGAGGAUCACGGGGCUUCUUGCUCCAACGGCUGCAUGCAAACACCCGCCGGGCCGUUGUGCCUCUGUCCGCCCGGCGAAGUUCUUUUGGCCAACGACACGAAAGCCUGCGUCGAUCUGGACGAGUGCCAAUUCCCAGGUUCGUGCUCGCAAUCGUGCCGGAAUACCAAGGCCACUUUUAUCUGCUCCUGCUCCGAGGGCUACCUCCUGGAAGAAGACAAGCACACGUGCAAGGCCAUCAAUUCCAGCAGCGCCUUUUUGCUCAUUUCCAACCGUCGCUCUCUGCUCGUCUCGGAUCUCAAGGAGAAAUCAAUCGAAGUCGUUCCGGUCGAAGUGGAGAAUGUCGUGGCUUUGGCUUCCGACACCCACUCCAACGUCCUCUACUGGUACGACAUGAAGACGAAGAAGAUCUUCCGCAAGGAGCUGUCCGGCACGCCCAAGGUCAUCAUCAGCAGCGGUGCCGAUCUCAUUGAAGGAUUGGCCCUGGACUGGAUCGCCCAGAAUCUCUACUGGGUCGAUUCCAGGCUCAACACGAUCGAAGUGUCGAGGGAAAACGGAUCCAACCGGAUGGUCCUCUUGUCCAAAGAUAUUGACCAGCCCCGCGGCAUCGCCCUGGACCCUAGUCCCGACGCCAGGGUUCUCUUCUGGACCGACUGGGGAGACCACCCGCGCAUCGAGCGAGUCAACAUGGAUGGAAGCAACCGGACGAGCAUUUUGACGAGCAAAAUUUUCUGGCCCAACGGCCUGACUCUCGACCUGCCCACCAAAAGGGUUUACUUUGCCGAUUCCAAGGUGGAUUACAUCGACUAUUGUAAUUACGACGGAAGUGGAAGGCGUCAAGUCUUGUCCGGCAGUCACUACCUGCUCCACCCGCAUUCCCUGGCCGUUUUCGAAGACACGGUGUACUGGACGGAUCGCCAGCUCAAUCGCGUUUUGGCUGCCAACAAAUUCACUGGGCAGAAUCAGACGGUCUUUUCCCAUUUGGUUUCCCAGCCGUUGAGCGUCCUGCUCCACCAUCCGGCGCUGCAGCCUCUGUCUCCCAAUCCCUGCGCCAACGCCACCUGCGGCCAUCUCUGCCUCCUCUCGCCCGUUUCGCCCACGGGUUACACUUGCCGAUGCCGGCCCGGAUAUCGUUUGAAUCCGCUCGGAUCCACCGGCCAGUGUAUCGAAGAGGAAUCGCCUUACUUGAUUUUGAUGAAGGGAUCGCAGAUUAUCGACCUGAGCCUCACUCCCAACAGCGACAGUGACAGCCGAGGAGGCCGUCUGACUCCGGUGGUGGAAGUUGGCGCCGGAAGAGAGCUGGAUUUCGACCGGAAGGGCGAAGCUAUGUACUGGAUCGAGGUCCUGGAAGGCGACGAGGAGAACGGAACACUCUACAAGAUGAACCUGGGCGGCGGCAACAAGACCUCCUUCCUCAGCGACCUGGACACUGGAAUCGUUGGAGCUCCUUACACUUUGGCCUUCGACUGGGUCGGCCGCAAUCUCUACCUGGGCAACAAGAAAGCUUCCAACAUUGAAGCCAUCCGAGUCGACGGCAAGACCAAACAUCGGACGGUCAUCCUAUCCAACGACGGGACGGACGUGUCCGUCGCCAAACCCCGGGCCAUCGCUCUCGAUCCUUACGAGGGCAAACUCUACUGGCUGGACGAAGGCGGUUUCGGCAUUCCCCGCAAAAUCUCCAAGGCCAACAUGGACGGAACGGAAGUGCGCAACCUGUUCACCGACAUUGGCCAGCCGCUGUCGCUGACGAUCGACCUGGCCAACAAGCAACUCUACUGGAGCACCAUCAACGAGGCCGAGAUCGAAGCCUCUGAUGUGGAGGGUAACAACAGGCGGAAGAUUAUAUCCAGCGGAAUCAACAAACCCGUUUCCUUGGCCGUCUUCGAGUCGAGGAUGUACUACCUGGACACGGUCUACGAAGAAGUGGCCCGAGUUGACUUGCCCAACGGCGACAACAAGCAAAUUUUGAAGAACAAUCAGCCGGAUCUCAAGACCUUCCGGCUCUAUCACAAGCGAUCCACUCCGGAUAACCAUCCCUGCGCCAUUAACAAUGGCGGAUGCGAGCACCUGUGCAUCCCUUCGGCGUCCAACACUCGAGUCUGUCGCUGCUCUUUGGGUUCCAGGAAGGACGGCGAAACGCGCUGCGUUCCUUACAAAUCCUUCGCCAUCGUGUCCCAGUUGACUCUGACCCGUGGAUUCUCGCUGGAAGACUCGGCCGCCGAGGGUAUGAUCCCCAUCACUGGAUUGGGGCACAACAUCCUUCACGUCGACGUACACUGCGCCGACAACUGGAUUUACUGGGUGGAAUUCAACAAGGACAAGCUCAACGGAAUCUUCCGUGUCCGACCCAACGGAUCGGAAUUGACGCACGUCGUUAGCUCCGGAAUCGGUUCCAACGGCAUCCGCGGUCUGGCGGUCGAUUGGUUGGCCGGCAAUUUGUACUUCACCAACGUUUUCCCUCACGAGACUUACAUCGAAGUCGCCUGGCUGGACGGCAGCAAGCGGAUGGAAUUGCUGAGGAGCACCAAAGAGUCGCCCAGGGAGCUGGCCGUCAACCCCAUCAAGCGAUUCCUCUACUGGAUCGAUAACGGCCAAUUCCCAGUCAUCGGAAAGGCCCUCCUGGACGGCAGCCAGUGGACGCCUUUGGUCACUUCCGGAAUCAGCAGCCCCAGGGAUUUGACAGUCGACAUGCAGACCCACGACGUCUACUGGGUGGAUUCUCGUGAGGACGCCAUCCAGCGGAUUUCUUACACGGGCGGAAACCGGCAGCUCAUCCGCCGCAAUUUGCCCAACCCCAUGGGCAUCGCCCUGCUGAAGAACACGGUCUACUGGGUCGAUCGCAAUUUGGGCUGCGUCUUCCGGGCUUCCAAGCAACCCGGAAACACGACUCUGCCCGAAAAGGUGAAGACUGGGCUGGAUAACCUGCGCGACGUUGCCAUUUUCGACAUUUCCAAUCAGCCGCAAGGCGAAACUCCCUGCACUAAGACGCCGGAAACGGGUGGAUGCGAGCAGCUUUGCUUCGCUUACCCGACGGAUUCGAUGACGCCUUCGCCGUCGCUCUUUGGAUUCCAGUGCAAAUGCGCCACGGGAUCGCUGCAGGAGGACGGGCGGACGUGCGGAACUCCCAAGGAGUAUUUGGUCUUCGCCACCCGCACGGAAAUUCGAUCCGUUUCGCUGGAUCCCAAAGCCCUGAGCGCCCCGUUCGCUCCCCUCGUCAAUUUGUCCAACGUCGUCGGUUUGGAUUUCGACUUUGCCGACCACCGUCUCAUCUACACUCAAAUCCGGCCGGAUGCCCGGAUCGCCUGGUACAAUUCGGAGAAUCCCUCGGCCAGCAACGCCACUCUGAUCAAGUCGGGACCCAUCAAUCCGGAAGGCAUCGCUUACGACUGGACUCACAAAAAGAUUUACUGGACCGAUUCGGCCAACAGCAGCAUCUACGCCAUGAACCUGGACGGGACCCAAGUGGUCAAUAUCGCCCGGGUCGACCGCCCAAGGGCAAUUGUUCUCCACCCGUGCAGAGGUUACAUGUUCUUCACCGAUUGGGGAAGAUUCGGACCGAACGGAAAGAUUUUCCGUGCCACAAUGGCCGGUACGAUGAAGGAGGCCAUCAUCAGUCAAGAUCUGACGCAGCCGAGCGGCCUGGCCAUCGAUUACGACGACGACAUGCUCUACUGGACCGACGCCGUCCGAGAGAAGAUUGAGCGAUCCAACCUGGACGGUACCAAUCGCGAGGUUCUCAUCACGGCCACCAUUUACCCGUUCGCCAUUACGGUUUUCGGCAAUUUCAUCUACUGGACGGAUUUGCAGCUGCGCGGACUCUACCGGGCCGAGAAACACACCGGCGCCGACAUGAUCGAACUGGUCCGUCGCCUGGACGACUCUCCACGCGAUCUCCAGGUGUUUUCUCCCGAGCGACAGCGUUGCCAAUUUAAUCCCUGCACGUUCAACAACGGCGGAUGCGCCCAAUCUUGCCACCCGUCGACCAACGGCACGUCCGAGUGCAAGUGCGACGAGUCUACCAAGCUGGUGAACGACAACCGGAUGUGCGUGGGCCGGAAUUUGACUUGCGAGGGCAACAAAUUCUACUGCGCCAACGGCAAAUGCAUUUCGCGCCUGUGGGCCUGCGACGGCGACGACGACUGUGGCGACAAUUCCGACGAGGACAAGGGCUACUGCUCGUUCCACACUUGCGGGCCCAUCGAGUACCGUUGCGGCAACGGGCGCUGCAUCUUCAAGUCGUGGAAGUGCGAUCACGAGAACGAUUGCGGCGACAACACGGACGAGGAUGGAUGUACCUACGCCAGCUGCGCCGAAGGAGAAUUCACCUGCGCCAACCAACGGUGCAUCUCCAUGACUCAGGUUUGCAACGGAAUUAAUGACUGCAAGGACGCCAACACGACGGAUGAGGCCAGCGAUCGUUGCGCGAGGAACACGACUUGCCCGUCCAACCAUUUCAAGUGCAACUCGACCAACAUUUGCGUGGAGCCGUUUUGGCUGUGCGACGGCGACAACGACUGCGGUGACAAUUCGGACGAGAACGACUCGGCCUGCACGCAGCGAUCGUGUCCCAGCAACAGCUUCCGCUGCCCCAACAACAACCGCUGCAUUCCGGCUACCUGGUACUGCGACGGAGACGACGAUUGCGGCAACGGAGCCGACGAGCCGCCGGAUUACUGCAAAUCGGGAACCAAGACCUGCUUCGGCGACCUCUUCACCUGCGACAACGGCAACUGCAUUCCGCGCAUUUACAUCUGCGACGGCGACAACGAUUGCCUGGACAACUCUGACGAGGACAACCGACACCAGUGCGGAAGCCGCAAAUGCGACUCUGAGACGGAAUUCUCGUGCAGCGCCAACAAACAAUGGGGCAAAGCUCAAUGUAUUCCGCGCAAAUGGGUUUGCGAUGGCGAUCCGGACUGUGUCGACGGAGCCGACGAGAACUCGACUUCGCUCAACUGCACCUCGCGCAACAGCUGCUCGGCGGAGCAGUUCACUUGCGGCAACGGCCGCUGCAUCCACCGAAACUGGACGUGCGAUCACGACAACGACUGCGGAGACGGGUCGGACGAAGGGCCCGAAUGCAACGGAAAGUACCGCACCUGCUCGCCGACGGAAUUCGCCUGCCAGAACGCCAAGUGCGUGGCCAAAUCGUAUCACUGCGACAAGGAGAACGAUUGCGGCGACUGGUCGGACGAGUGGAACUGCACCUACAGCGGAGGCAAAAGCGGAAGCACUCCGGUGGCCACCUGUCCGGACGGCCAAUUCAAAUGCGCCAACAGCAGCCAGUGCAUCGACGAAAGUCUGGUCUGCAACAAAGUUUCCGACUGUCCGGAUGACAGCGACGAGUCGCACCUGUGCGGAGUCAACGAGUGUCUCAAGGUGGAGGUCCACCAGUGCGGCCAGCUCUGCAUCGACGCCCCCAUCAAGUACAAGUGCGCCUGCAAUCCGGGCUACCGGCUCAUGGCCGACGGCAAAGCCUGCACGGAUGUGGACGAAUGUACCGACACCCCUGGAGUCUGUUCCCAGUACUGCGUCAACUCGCCCGGCUCCUACUAUUGCAAGUGUAACGAGACGUACUACGAGCGGGAGGCGGACGAGCACACUUGCAAGAGGAAAGACUCUAUCACGCCCUGGUUGGUUUUCACCAACAAGUUUUACGUCCGCAACAUGUCGAUUGAUGCUAAACAGUACGCCGUCGUCCAUCAGGACCUCCGCAAUGUCGUGGCCGUCGAUUUCGACUUCCGGGAGGACCGUCUCUACUUUGCCGACGUCAACGCCAAGACCAUUUACCGGGCGUUCGUCAACGGGACCAGCACCAAGGAGACGAUCAUCAAACACGAUUCCAUGGGCCUGGAAGGUCUGGCCGUCGAUUGGGUCGGUCGCAAGUUGUACUGGCUGGAUCGGCAUUCGAAACACGUCGAAGUGUCUGAAUUGGACGGCACUCACAGGAAGACGCUCAAGGCGGAUGGCAUUUCUGAUCCCAGGGCCAUCGUUGUCCAUCCAGGAGCCGGAUACCUGUUUUUCACCACCUGGCAUUUGCAGGCCUACAUUGGCCGGUUGGGCAUGGACGGAAGCAAUUUCACUCGCAUCGUCACCUACGAACAGAGACUGGCCUGGCCCAAUGCUCUCACCAUCGACUACAUGACGGACAAGCUCUUUUGGGCGGAUGCUCAUUUGGAUUACAUUGCCUAUUCAGACCUGGACGGCCGGAAUCGGCGCUACGUAGUCCAGGACACCCUGAAAGUCCCACACGUUUUCGCCAUCACCGUCUUUGAUGAUUUCAUCUUCUGGACCGAUUGGAACUUGAAGGCCAUCAGCCGGGCCAAUAAGUGGACGGGAGAGAAUUACACGGUGCUGCGCAACACGACGCACAGGCCCUACGAUCUCCACGUUUAUCAUCCGCUCCGACAAGCCGCUUACCCCAAUCCGUGCGGAAAGAACAACGGAGGCUGUUCCGGCUUGUGUCUCUUGUCUCCAGUCAAAAACGGAACGGUCGGUUUCAAAUGCGUUUGCCCGAAUCAAUUCAUUUUGGCUCCGGAUGGAAAGACUUGCAUUGCCAACUGUACCGCAGGACAACAUCGUUGCGGAGGCAAAGACAACCGUUGCAUUCCGCUCUACUGGAAAUGCGACGGAGAAAAAGAUUGUCAGGACGGAACGGACGAGCCCAGUUCUUGUUUGGAACGAUUCUGUAAAUCCGGACAGUUCCAGUGUAAGAAUCACAACUGCACCACGGCCACGACACUCUGCGAUGGAGUGGAUGAUUGCGGCGACGGAUCGGAUGAAAAGGACUGCGACAUUCCUUGCCCGGAGAACGAAUUCAAGUGCAAUUCGACCGGCCGCUGUAUCCUGGGAACGUGGAAAUGCGACGGCGACAACGAUUGUCGUGACGGCUCGGAUGAAGAUCCGGCCAUUUGUCAUUCCCGCCCUUGCGACACUGACACGGAAUUCGCCUGCAAGAACGGAAGGUGCAUCCAGAAAUCGUGGUACUGCGACUCUGAUAACGAUUGCGGCGAUGGAUCGGACGAGCCGGCCCACAUUUGCCGACAGAGAAACUGCACAGCCGGAUGGAAACGUUGUCCUCAAUGGGGCAACUACCGCUGCAUUCCUCAGUGGCUCUUCUGUGACGGAAAAGACGAUUGCCGAGACGGCUCUGACGAAUUGCCGGAACAAUGUCCGAAAUGUCACGAAACGGCCGAAUUCCAGUGCAAGAACAAGCGUUGCAUUCCCCGCCGCUGGACCUGCGAUUUCGAAAAUGAUUGCGCCGACGGUGACGAUGAAGACGAAGAACUCUGCCGCCACCAGUACCGCGAGUGUUCGGCCUCUGAAUUCCGCUGCGCCUCGGAUGGCAAGUGCGUUCCGGGCCGCUACCGCUGCGAUCUCGACAGCGACUGUACGGACGGAUCGGACGAGAUGGGUUGCGAGGGCUUCACCUGCACCAACGGCACGUUCCAGUGUAAGAGCGGACACUGCAUUUCAAAACACUUCCGCUGCGAUGGAGAACGCGACUGCCACCUGGACGCCUCCGACGAAGCCGACUGUCCGCCUCGUUAUCCUGACGGAAAAUACUGCCCACCGGAACGUUUUGAAUGCGACAAUCACGUUUGCGUCAACGUUGAAAAUCGCUGUAACGGCGUCAACGAUUGCGGAGACAAUUCGGACGAGAAACCGGAAGAGUGCUCCGACAAGUGUGGCGGUCGGGAUCGAUUCCAGUGCGACAACCGCCGGUGCAUUUUGCGCUGGCAGAUUUGCGACGGCCACAACGACUGCGAGGACGGCUCGGACGAGAACAACGUGACGCUCUGCGCCAAGCGGCCCAAGCCGUGCAAUCCCAACGAGCAGUUUACGUGCGCCAACCGCAACUGCGUGCCGAAGGAACUGGUCUGCAACUUGCAGAACGACUGCGAGGACGAGUCGGACGAGCGCGGCUGCCACUCGGCCAGCUCGUGCACCGAUUCCAGCAACGGCGGAUGCGAGCACCGCUGCCAGAACUUGACUGGUGGCGGCUACAUCUGUUCGUGCAAUCGAGGCUACAUCGCUUCCAAGGAAAAUCCAAAGAUUUGCGAGGACGUCGACGAGUGCGCCACGCUCCAGCACAAUUGCUCCCAAAUUUGCAUCAAUCUCAAAGGAUCGUACAAGUGCGGAUGCCAUUCCGGAUUCGAUUCGGUGGACAACGUCUCUGGCGUCUGCAAAUCGCCUGGACCCUGGAAUUUGCUCUUCUCCGACGGCAGUAACGUCAUCUCGUUGAACACGACGCAGCGCAAGGAGCGCGAAGUCAUUUUCGGCGAGAAGCGCAUCCAGUCGCUGGAUUUCGACCCCCAUUCGCACAUUGUCUUUUGGACGGACCCGAUGGACCUGUCCAUCAAGCGCUCUUACAUUCCGGAGAGUAGCAACCAGGUGGAGAUCGGCCAUCCUCAAGUCAUCGUCUCUUUCACGAAAACGGCCGUUCCUGUCGACUUGUCUGUGGAUUGGGUGGCUCAGAAUCUCUACUGGCUGGAGAUGGACGGCCAGACGUCCAAGGGUCAAGUCGUCACUGCCAAAAACGACGGCCGUUACCGACGCAGCGUCGUUCCCCGAGGCAUCGACACACCCACUUCCAUCGUCGUCAAUCCCAUUUUGGGCGAAUUGUAUUGGACCCAAGCCGGAUCUAACCCACGUAUCGAAAUGGCCUGGAUGGAUGGUACGAAACGUAAAGUUUUGGUGUCUGAAAGAUUGGCCCAUCCGACGGCCAUCACGAUCGAUUUCUCCAUGGACAACACGAUUUUCUGGGCUGAUCACACGCUCAGCACGAUCGAGAUGAUGAAGCGGGACGGAACUGGUCGAACGACGGUUCUGAGAGGCGAUAACAUCGACCGGCCGUCUUCCCUGGAUGUGUUCGAGAGCACGCUCUACUGGAUAUCCACCGGAAAAGGAGAACUCAGGCGACAAGACAAGUUUGGCCGUGGUGUCAUGGUUCGACUCGUCAAAGACAUUGCCACGCCCAGUACCGUUAAAGUUUUCAGUGAAUAUCGAUACAAUACGACGGUGAGCAAUCCUUGCCUCAACAGCCCUUGUACUCACUUGUGUGUCCUUAUUCCGGGCGGAUAUCGAUGUGCUUGCCCCGACAGCACGAUCCAGGUUCAAACUGGCGGAGAAGUGUCGUGCGACACGACUCAGGAACGACCUCGCCCGUCUCCUUUGCGCUGCCCUUGCCAGAAUCGCGGUGUCUGCACCGGCGACGGCCAAGUCCAGUGCCAGUGCCCCAACGAUUACGAAGGCGUCCAUUGCGAGACCCACUUGUUGCGCCGGCCCACUCCAUCCGAAAGUGUGGCACCAGCUUACAUCAUCGUCCCUAUUCUGCUCAUCAUCCUCGCCGGAUUGGCUGGAGCCGCCGUUUACGUCUUCUUCUUCCGACGAUCCGGCCGAGCCAAGGGCUCUGGCUUCACCGGAUUCGGUGGAAGUCCCAGCGUCUCCUUCCGCCAAGGCACCAACGUCGAAUUCGGACCGGCUUCUUUCUCCGGAAACGGCUCUAAUGCCUCUACUAUGGAACCGGUGGAUUCUGAAUUCAAUGGUCGAGACGCCUCGAUUAAAUCGCGUGAUUUCUCCAACCCUAUGUACGACGCUGUGGGUGGACCUGUGGAUACUCCCAAGGGUGGCAUCUACGAAGUCCCUGCCGAAAUGAUUAAAGGUAUGCCGUUGUCUUCGGACCCCGUUCCGGGCUCGGCCGUGAUAUCCCCGUCCAGCAUUGUCCACCAAGCAUCACCACAGAUUCACAUCCGCCAUCGAGAACUGGAUCCUAGCAACGUGGACACGGGCAAGGAUACACAAAAGUUGGUGGAAGACACCUCCGACUGUUAAACAAACACACAAAAAUAACAAAGAAAAAAAUUAGAGACUCCUGGAUCACAUUGUUGUCCGGGUGACAUCGAGUGAUAAGAUUCAAACACACAAAUUUUUGUCUGAAACAAAAAACAAAAAAACAAAAACAAAACACAACACAAACUUUAACUAAUUUUAUGGCAAUAAUAUGCUUGAAAUGGUUUUUUUUUAUUUUACACACAGACACACAUACCGACCAAGUCCGAUCUUGCUUUCAGCAAGAUUUCUUUUUUUAUUUGAAUUUUUACAAAAUUGAUGAAUCGAUUGAUUUCAUUAAUUUUCAUUGUUGUUGAUUUAUUUUCUACAUUCCUUUCCUUUUUAUUUGUCAGGACAAAUUCCCUCCACACUCCCUCCUCAAUGCUUUUGAAGUAUCUCCAUGGUAAAUUUUUUUUUUUUCCAUUAAUUGAAUUAUUCCCUCCAAUUAUUUACUUCAACUCCUCUGGUGUAAUUGUAAGUUUUCUUAUUCACAUCUUCCCACCAUUUUUUUCCCGGGGUUGUUAAUUUUUUUUUUUUUUUGUUCCGUGGUACUGGAACAAAAACAUCACAACGCAGAAAAAAAGCACAAAUUUAAACAAAAAAAAAGUGUGUACAGGAUUUGUUUAACAUUUUUAGUAUUUUUUUUUUUUUUUAAAUUUACAAACACGAUCAAAUUUGGUCAUAAUUUCUUCUUCAUUUUUAACCAACAAAAUAUUCAGUUUCUUUAUCGACCAAAAGUGUUGUUGGAAGGAAAGCAAAGCCAAGUACAGUACAUGGAAAACUGCAAGUGAAAUAAGGGCGGGGCCAAAUGAAAAUGGUUGUUGUUGUGAAAGGAAAAAAACGUCUUUUUUCUGCCUUGUAGAUUUUUUUCCUUUUUUUUUUGUUUUGUUGUUGUAUUAUUCUGAAAUGCAAAUGAGGAUCGAGUUGAAAGAAAAAUUGACGAGGAGGAAAAAAACAAAACAUAAUCAAGCUUAGCCGUCGGCUGCCUUAAGAAAGACGUAUACACAGAAACCAACACACGGACGCACACCUAGGGAAUGAUUGAUUUCAUUUCUUUCUGAAAUUUCCUUCGUGCCGGGUUGUGUGUGUGUGUGUGUAAUAAUAAUCGAAUAUUUAAUCUUUCCCUCCUUUUUUAUCACCACACGCAAAGCGCUCCCGAAUUUUUUUCUCCUCCAAAAUUGUUUUAAAAAAAUUUUGUUUUUUUUCAGAAAUUUCUGUCAAGUUUCUUUUGGAGUGUGAAAUUUAUUCUCUCUCUCUUCCUCCUCCUCCCUCCGUGUAUCAAUUUUUUUGCUCCCGCCCCAGCCCUUAUCUCUCCCUAUGGACCGAGCAUGUUGAACUGCUAUCAGAUAUGUUUCUAUCUUAACUCUAUAUUGCAAUAAACGGAUUAAAGUUCUAA